AUGGAUUUGAGAAAUGAGGUUUCCCUAAAGCGAGUAGACUUGAAACGCUUUCCUCCUGGACAAGAUGGUCGGUUUGAUGCCCUUACCGACCUAGCGGACGCCCUUUACAACAGAUUCAAACAAGAGGGAGGAAUUGAGGACUUGGACGAAGCAAUCACUUUACUCCGUGAGGCUUUGGAGCUCCCACCAAUCGGGAAUGACGUGGAUAAUCGGUCCUUGUCUCUCAACAAUCUCGCAGUCUGUCUUUCGAAUAGAUAUGAGAAUCAGGGGGCAAUCGACGACUUAGAAGAAGCCAUCACGCUUGGACGUGCAGCAUUAGAGCUCUGUCCACCAGGGCAUCCCGAUCGCUGUGUAUCCCUCCACAAUCUUGCUUGCGACCUCAGGACGAGGUUCGUAAAACAGACUGCAAUCCACGACUUGGAAGAAGCAAUUGAACUGCUCCGUGCAGCUUUGGAACUGCGUCCUUCCGGACAUCCCUAUCGGUCUUCAUCGCUCCACCAGCUUGCUCUCUGUUUCUCGAACAACUAUGACAAACAGGGGGGAGUUGCUGAUUUGGAAGAAGCUGUCAUCCUCGGACGUGCAGCAUUAGAGCUCCGUCCAUUAGGGCACCCUGACCGCAUCGUUUCCCUCAACAAUCUCGCUCAUCUCCUGAGGAGGAGGUUCCAGAAACAAUCUUCGAUAAAUGAUUUGGAUGAGGCAAUUGAGCUGCUUCGUGCAGCUUUGGAACUGCAUCCCUCUGGAAAUCUUCACCGGGCGUUUUCAUUCCACGAAAUGGCACUCUGUCUUUCGAAUAGAUAUGACACUCAGGGGGUAGUCGGGGAUUUGGAAGAAGCGAUUACACUUGGACUUGCAGCACUAGAGCUCCAUCUACCAGAGCAUCCUGAUCAUGGUGUAUCUUUCCACAACCUCGCUUGCAACCUCAGGAGGAGAUUUGUGAAACAGGCUGGGAUCUGUGACUUAGAGGUAGCAAUUAAGCUGCAUCGUGCAACUUUGGAGCUACGUCCAUCUGGACAUCCUCGUCGAUCUUCAUCACUCCACCAACUUGCCAUCUGUCUUUCGAGUAGAUAUGACAAUCAGGGGGUGGCUGCCGACUUGGAGGAAGCCAUCACUCUCGGACGUGCAGCAUUGGAGCUCCGUCCGUUAGGCCAUCCCGAUCGCUUGAUAUCUCUCAACAAUCUCGCCCAUCUCCUGAGGAGGAGGUUUCAGAAACAAGCUUCAAUGCACGAUUUGGAUGAGGCGGUUGAACUGCUUCGUGCAGCUUUGGAACGUCCUUCUGGAAAUCUUCAUCGGGCAUUUUCAUUCCACGAACUUGCUCUCUGUCUCUCAGCCAGAUAUGACAACCAGGGGGUCGCUGCCGACUUAGAUGAAGCUGUCAUGCUUGGACGUGUAGUACUAGAGCUCCGCCCACCAGGGCACCCCGAUCGUGGCGUAUCUCUCAACAAUCUCGCUUGCAACCUUAGGAGGAGGUUCCAGAGACAAGCUACGAAGGACGACUUGGAGGAGGCAAUUGAACUGCUCCGCGAAACAUUGAAGCUAUGUCCCUCCGGACAUUCUUGUUGGUCUUACUCGCUUCAUCAACUUGCUCUUUGUCUUUCAAAUAGAUAUGACAACCAGGGAGUAGUUGCGGACUUGGAAGAAGCUCUCUCUCUCAGACGUGCAGCACUUGAGAUCCUUCCACCAGGGCAUCCCCACCGUGGCGUAGUUCUUUACAAUCUCGCU